AUGACUGAUCCAGCCGCAUCCGUUUCAACUGGUUUGGAAAACAUCGUGAUCUCUAGUGAUCCCCCUGAGACUUCUGAACACAGAACUACUAUGCAACAUGACGAACAUAUCGCCCGCCUGACUCAAGAAAUUGAGGACCUACGUAGCGAACUAAAUCGGGUUAGGGACCUGACCAACUUAUCCGUUACACUCCAAAGUCCACCUCCUGAACCUAGAACUGUCGCACCAAAUCCACCCCGUUUUCCAUCACUUGAAUCUCCAGUCCCUGAACACUUUCCUCCACAAAAUACUGCACCCGCCAACAACAACUUUCCUCCACCAAAUCCAUCAUCCGUCUAUACUACUCCGCAAAAUCAACCACCUACCUACAAUACCUACGCUACUCCUAAUCCACCACCCGUCAACCCGCCAAAUCAAUCACAAGUUCACACUCCUUAUAUUCCGUUACCUACCAACACUAAUCCGCCACCUACAACUACUCCUCUAAACCCACCAAACCAACUACCUACAAACACCGCUUACAACACACCACCUCCAGUCCAAAACACUCCCACUGUCCAAACUUAUCCAACCCAGCAUAUACAAGGGGCACAUUUUGCCACUCCUAACACGCAAUAUGUUCCUCCGGUAUAUGCAGCGGAAACACAAGCCUAUACCAACCCAGUAACAGUCAGGUUCCAACCCGAAGUAGAUCAAUACGAGGAAAUGGAGAAAGAGGCAAAAGCAAGGGCAGACGAUAUGUUGCUAAAAGAGAUCCACAGUCUCAAAGAAGCAAUGAGAAACCUUCAAGUUGCUAGGGGAACUAAGAGUGUAGAAUACGAGGAUUUGUGCGUUCAGCCUGAUGUUGACCUACCUGUAGGCUACAAACCGCCGAAGUUUGAUACUUUCAAUGGAACUGGCGAUCCUCACACACACUUAAGGGCUUACUGCGACAAACUGGUUGGAGUAGGUAGAGAUCAGAACAUAAGGAUGAAGCUAUUCAUCAGGAGCUUAUCUGGUGAAGCCCUUAAUUGGUAUACACAACAAGACGUCCGCAAAUGGCGUGGUUGGAGUGACAUGGCCCAAGACUUUAUGGACCGAUUCAGUUUCAACACCGAUAUCACACCAGAUAGAGUCUACAUGACCAAGUUAACCAAGAAGUCAACUGAGUCGUUUCGCGAAUAUGCACUGCGUUGGAGGUCAGAAGCAGCUAGGGUUCAACCCCCGAUGAAUGACAGAGAAAUGACUGCUACUUUCAUUGAAUGCCAGGCCGGCAUAUUUUAUGAGAAAAUGAUAGGUAUGAUGGGACAAAAAUUCACAGAAGUUGUCCGAAUGGGUGAAGCCUUGGAAGAAGGAAUCAAAUCUGGGAAAAUUCAGGAUCUUACGGCUUUGCAAGCUGUAAACAAAGCCAUUCAAUCUGGUUCUAUCAGUGGGCUUAAAAAGAAGAAAGAAGAUGUUGCUGCAGUCAUGAAUGUCCAAGGACAUAAGCCAAGCCAAGCCACUACAUACUUUAACCAUCCACAACCACCUUUCUACCCUUACCAUUACGUUGAACCUUACCAAACUCCACUAUCUCCUUACCCUGUCUACAAUACCCAAGCAAAUUACUACCAACCCCGAGCACCUCCACAUCAAAACCCACGUCCAUAUCGACUAUUGAAAGCAGCAGGCGUGAUACAACCGAUUGAAGGGAAAAUUCCUGAUCCCAUUCCAAGAUGGUUUGAUGGUUCUAAACGUUGUGCAUAUCAUUAUGGAGUCGCCGGACAUGACACUGAGGAUUGCUAUGGCCUCAAAAACAAAAUUGAAGCCUUGAUUAAAGAAGGAGCGAUCCAACUUACUGGAGCUCGGCCCAAUGUGGACAACAACCCUCUACCUACUCAUGAAAAUGCCAACGUGAACAUGAUCACUGUUGAGGAAGAUGGAGAUGUGAAAGCCAUCGUGACAUCAACCUUUGUCGCUCCCGCGGGAACAAUCCAAAAACAAGCACCAACAAAGAUUGCUGCUACAACUACUCACAACACCGAGACACCGACCAUUCAGGAUGCCGAACCAGGAGAGAUUCUGAAGAAUUGGACUUGUACUCCGUCCCUGGUUCGCCGAGUCUUGGUAGAUUGA